AUGCAGAUUGCUUUGAGCAGGCACGAAGAGGCCUUUAACACCUUGAAAGGGAUCGUGCAGCAGACUGAAAAAGAAAGCGAGGAUCGUGCUAUGGUAUUUGCAGCCAUGGCGAAAGCUCUCUGCAAUCAAGAGAACUUUCCGGAUGCUAAGAAGUGCCUGGAUAUCUCGUGCGCGAUUUACGAAAAGGAGAUAAAGAGUUCUCCUGAUGUUGUGGCGGAAGCUUUUACAGAAAUCUCAACGCUUUACAAGACCAUGAACGAAUUCGAGACUGCCAUCGCAUCUUUGUUGAGGAAAACGCUAGCAAUGCUCGAGAAGCUUCGUCAGGAGCAGCACUCGGUUGGGAGCGUUUUGGCUAGGAUCGGUUGGCUGCUUUUGCUGACAGGGAAAGUCGAGCAGGCUGUCUCAGUUCUGGAAGAUGCUGCGGAGAGAUUGAAGGAGAGUUUCGGUUUGAACCAUUAUGGGGUGGGUUACGUGUAUAAUAAUCUUGGGGCGGCUUAUUUGGAGCCGGACAGGCCACAGUCAGCAACACAGGUAUUUGCGUAUGCCAAGGAGAUCAUGGAUGUUGCGCUUGGCCCUCAUCAUGUGGAUUCGAUUGAAGCGUGCCAGAAUCUCUCGAAAGCUUAUGCGGCUAUAGGAAGUAACGGUCCAAGUACGCAAGAGGAGCUCGUUGAAGUUGUUCGACUGCCGGAGCAUCUAAAAGAGAGAGAAGCUCGUAUGAAAGCCUUCACUGCACCCGAAAAAGACAUGAACCUACCUUUCCUUGCUAAAUAUUCACCUUCUGGAAAGACAGCUGUAGAAAGGUAA